CAACCCGGCCCGCCAAUAUGACGUUCCAGCGGCCCGCGGGCGUACCUGAACAUGCGUUCAUAGCAUUUACACCUUUGAGGAAAGGAAAAUGGUGAUCACUUUCCUGAUAUCGAAGUGCAGAACUUCAUGGACAGCAGAAGAUGAUAAAACCCAUCACCACCCACGUCAAGCCUGUAUCCUCUAGCCGCUCCUCACAUCGUGGUCCUCGGUUUACGAUGCAUUCGAAUCUCGGGUCCCUUCUCGGCCUCGCGGCCCUUCUCCCUCUUGCGUCCGCCUCUUUCCAAGGCAACCUCAACUACCACCCCCCAUCCGCCCGCUCGUCACAAAUCAACCUCGGCCUCUCCCUCCCUCUCGUCACUUCCCGCACGCUAAAACGCUCCUCUGUAGCUUACCAACCCUCGGAGCUGAACUUUACCCACCGCGUUGCUUCGGGAGACCCUUACCAUAAUUCCGUAAUUCUCUGGACUCGCGUGGCGCCGACCGCUGAGUCGGAUAGGAGUAAUGUGACCGUGGCGGGGACGGUGGACCUCUACAGCCAUGAGAGGGAGAAGUACAUCAAGGCGGAUGCGAACUCCAUUUGUGUCGAGUGGAAGGUAUGGGGGUUGCAAAAGGGAUACAACGGGACUGUGAAGGGCCCGGUUAUAAGCAACGGGAAGGCGUACACGACUAGUGAUAUUGACUUCACCGUCAAGGUGGAAGCUCAAGGCUUGAAGCCUUGGACGGUGUACAGCUACCAGUUCAAUGUAGCCAAGGGCUUCUUCAACGUUUACGGAAAUGCUGCCCGGAAAGACAAACACGACUACGUAGUCCAUCUCGGCGACUACAUCUACGAAGAUGCGUCAGGCGGCCCAAGAGCACACAAGCCUGCGAACAAGCUGUUCACUCUGUACGACUAUCGGACACGCCAUGGACAGUAUCGAACAGACAACGACCUGCAGCUUUUGGCCCAGAACUACGCCUGGAUUCCCACCUGGGAUGAUCACGAGUUUGCCAACAACGGCUACCGGAAUGGCUUCUCGGCGCUCAACAACACCGAAGCAUCCUUCCGGAACGACGGCCCUUCCAUCAGUGUUGACACGCGGAAGAUCAACGCCGUGCGUGCCUACUUCGAGUGGAUGCCGAUCCGCCAGGUGGAUCUCGACGAUAACUUGCGGAUCUGGCGCAACUUCAGGAUGGGCAAGCUGUUGGAUCUCAUCAUCAUCGACACUCGUAACUACGACCGCAGUAUUACCAGUACAGGGACCAAUGAUGAGUACAUCGAGCUGAUUAGGGAUGAUCCUUUGAGAACGCUGAUGGGAGGCCGCCAAGAGAAGUGGUUCUUUAGGCAGUUGAGCGAGAGUAAGCAGAGAGCUGCUACGUGGAGAGUGGUGGGGAACCAGAUCGUCUUUUCGAGGAUCCUGGAUUCGCAGGGGGUACUGACGGGAACCGAUAACUGGAGUGUAGUACGGUGGCCCAAGUGUUGGUUAUGAUCAAUUGAAAGUUGGUCCGAUAUCACGGGGCAAGGCGACGGUUAGGGGGUAGGUUGGAUAUGCGUAGUUGUACGAGGAGAGAAAGAGAGAGGUGUAUAGAGGUUUGGCGAUAUAGGGUAGGGCUGAGCCAUACCUAAAACUAGACCUAUAUGUAUAUAUAUACGUAAUAUACUAUUUGCUAAUAGCGGCAAUAAUAUAGCACGAAGC